AGCAUCACCGUGCGACGCUGGUGUGGUCGGUGUAACAGCGAGGGAAUGGAAGGGGAGUGGAGACGUGAGAUAAGAUGAGAGGAUGAGGGAUAAGCUCCUCGCCGCCCCGUACCUUUAUAGCUGAAAACAAAUUUCAGUAAUAUCAGUAGUAGCAGUAGACAAGAGGGAAAAUCACACAUCUCCAAUCAAUGUGCACUCACUCGAUCAAACAAGCAGAUUCCUUCUUCUCUUCCUUCCCCACUCUCUCAUUUUCCGUGUUUGCUCAUCUUGCACUUCCUCUUUUCUCUCUCACUAUCUAUCUGUCUGUCUGUCUAUAGUCUAGCUCUCUCUCUUUCUCUCUCUCUCUCUCUCUCUCUCUCUUUCUCUCCGCUUGCUUUUACCUACCUUUUUAAUUCUAACACUUGCAUAAAUAGAAGAUACAAGCACGCGCAAUAGAGCUUGCAGUGUCGCUGUCUCCAACACGUAGGGAAGUGACAACAACAUCGUUAACAACAAUCACACAAAAAUAACACACACAUGCAAACUAAAGCAAAAAAUUAAAUAUAAUUAUAUUUGUAAAGCAAAAAAAAAAGGAAUGCAUUUUAAUCUUGUAGUUUCUGUUUAUCUUUUAUUUUUUUAAUCUCCAACUCCACUGUCACCACCAUUUCCACCCCAUCCAACUCCGUGUGAAUGCUAUAAACAGGAGGAUUCUGAGCGAACAAGUGGGAAUUACUGCUUUCCAAAACAAAAGACUGCAAAACAGCAUCCAGCACCAACAUCACUCUGAAGAGAUUUAGAAACAUUUGCUUGUUGAGAAACAGUGACUUCAUAAACCAUUCUUGACUGGAAGGAAGUGAUAUAAAGGUGCAUGACUAGAGAUACUGGGGUGAAUUAUUCCUAUACAGCAGUAGGAAGAGAAACAAAACAAAACCAAAACUAAGUCCUAACGGGGAAACUUAAGAAGUUGGAGAGAGUGGUGCUGCAUUCAGGUAAACAGGUAAAUAAGAAAGAUAAAACAGAAGAGUUGGUGAGUGUGAUGCAGAAUUGAUAAUUGAUAUCAAAGACAUUGGAAAUUAUUGAAAACGUGACCAUAUUAGUGCUGCACUUCCUAGACUGAUGGAACACACAUUUGGACUGAAGCUUUCCAGUCUGACAUGGCUAUUGGCUAUGCACAUUCAGGUGGUUGCUUCAGGUACCCAUGCAUAUCUUCAGGACAAGGAGUGUAAGUGCUGUGUUGGCCAGACAGGUCCGUCAGGAGUACCUGGAAUACCAGGUCUGCAAGGUGCUAUGGGAAUUGAAGGUCAAAAAGGAGAGAGAGGAGAACAUGGACCACAAGGCCCAUUUGGAUUAAAAGGUGAAAGUGGAGCAUUGGGACCAACAGGAGAGAAAGGAAGCCGUGGGAGGAAAGGACAAAAAGGAGAAAUCGGCACAAAUGGAGGUGAAGGAAUUAAAGGAGCUAUGGGACCCCGAGGAUAUCCAGGGUACAAGGGAGAUAGAGGGGAAAAGGGUCUUUCAAGUAAACCUAGUAAACGAAUUGCAUUUUCUGCCAGCAGAACAACCAAGCUGGGACGGGUUUUACAAGACACAAUAGUGACUUUCAACAACAUCUUUGUAAAUAUUGGUGACAAUUUUGACAUUUAUACAUCCCAUUUCGUCUGUCAGCUCAAUGGGACUUACCUUUUCACAGCACAUAUUAUGGGUCAAAAUAAAAUCGAUGCCUUUGCCUGGCUGAUGGUGAAUAACCAGCACCAGCUUCCACUGCAUGGAGAUGGCCGAGCAGGAUUUGGUUCAAGCAGCAACACCAUAAUUCUUAAUCUUAAUGUUGAUGACCAUGUCUGGAUUCAACUCAGUAAAGACUCAGCACUGCUCAACGAUUACUCAACAUUCUCAGGGUUCUUAAUCUUUGAGAAUUAAACAUGUACAAAUAUUAUCGUCAUGCCUGCAGUACUAAUAUGUGAGAAAUAGCCAAGUCUUUGACAGUUUAAAAAUGGUAGAUUCAUUAACAAUAGGGAAAAAGCCAACUUUAUCAAAUAAGAAAUAUCCAUACUUUCUUGGCAGAGUGACAUGAUAAUAUAGUUGGAAUUUCUAAGGAGAAAAUAUUCCAUAAGUCAAAAAGAUUUUUGAAGUAGGACUUAUUGUAUUUAGUCAACUUUUAUAAAUUUAUAAAAUAGAUAUUGCUGAUACAGGAUCAAAUAGAUUUUGUUAUUUAAAAACAAUCUAGUAAAAAAAUAAAAAAAGAUAAAAGCAGUCAAUCUUACAAUCACUUCAAGAAUAGGUAACAAGAAAUAAAUCUAUGGGUAAAAAAAAAACAACAAAAAA